CAACGCGCGCACUGCUGCUGGCCGCGGUGAUCGAGAACGGCCCGGGUGGUCAACCGACCUCGCUCCUCCAUAGCCUGCCUACUAACUACUAGCUUUCCAGCCACCGGCCAUGCCGGUGGCGCCCAGCGCCGCGGCGGCGACGGUCGCGCCGCCUCGCUCCCGGCGGCCGCCCCUCGCACGCGCGCCGUUCCGUCGCGCGUCCGCCGCGCACGGGUGGGAGCCGAGGAGGCCGCGCGCGGUGGCGGUGGCGUCGAGCUCGGCCUCGGCGUCACCGCCGCCGGGCGCGGCGGCGGCGAGGAGAAGAGGGCUGAGGGAGUACGUGGAGGCGGCGGGGGAGAUGGCGCGGCGGAAGGACGGCGGGCCACCGCGGUGGUUCUCGCCGCUCGAGUGCGCCGGCGGUGAGCGCGUCCUCGGCGCGCCCACGCUGCUCUACCUGCCCGGAAUCGAUGGAGUUGGUUUAGGACUUAUCCGCCACCAUGAGAAAUUGGCAAAGAUGUUUGAGUUGUGGUGCUUGCAUAUACCAGUUGAAGAUCGCACGUCCUUUGAAGGACUUGUUGAACUUGUUGAGACGACAGUGAAAUCAGAGAGCUCAAGAGCAUCAGACAGACCAGUCUAUCUUGUUGGAGAAUCAGUAGGAGCAUGCGUCGCCCUAGCUGUGGCAGUGCGAAACCCAGACAUCGAUCUGGUACUUAUCCUAGUAAACCCAGGAACAUCAUUCCAUAAGUCACAGCUGCAAACUCUCUCAGCCUUCUUGGAUUUUGUCCCUGAACCCUUCCAUUUGACCACUCCACAGCUGCUAACUUUUCUGACAGGGAACUUCAUGAAGAUAACAUCAACUGUUGUUGGACGUGGCUUCUCUCCUGAAGAAGACAAUACAUUAUCAGAGAUCACCUCCAGUUUGUUGGCUUCCCUUACGUUUUUAGUUGAUAUUUUGACAAAGGAAUCCAUAAUGUGGAAGUUGAAAAUACUGAAGACAGCAGCAUCAUUUGUGAAUUCCCGUUUACAUGCAGUCAAAGCCCAGACUUUGGUACUAGCCAGUGGAAAUGAUGAACUGCUGCCUAGCAGCCAAGAGGCUGAGAAGCUACGUGGUGCUAUAGAGAAAUGCAGAACACGCCUUUUCAGAGACAAUGGCCACAAAAUCUUACUGGAAGCUGAAUUUGAUCUUGCAACCACCAUCAAAGGAGCUGGGUACUAUCGCCGCUCAAGGAAGACGGAUUUUGUUUCAGAUUAUUUACCGCCAACUCAUGAUGAGCUCCAACAGGCUAUCAAUCGUGACAGGAUCCUAAACUUUAUCACUGACCCGGUGCUACUAUCAACACUGCCUGAUGGGAAGAUAGUGAGGGGACUGGCCGGGCUGCCAAGGGAGGGUCCUGCCGUGCUGGUUGGGUACCAUAUGCUCUUGGGGCUUGAGCUUGGACCCAUGGUCACAGGGGUGCUGAGCAGCACUGGAGUCCACAUCCGGGGCCUGGCUCACCCCUUCAUGUUUGAUAAGAACUCAGAGCAGAUCAUGCCAGACUCAGCUCACUUUGAUCAUCAUCGGAUCAUGGGUGCGGUACCUGUCACGGCGGCAAAUUUUUACAAGCUCCUCGCGGACAAGGAGUUUGUGCUGCUGUACCCUGGAGGCGCGCGGGAAGCGCUUCAUAGGAAGGGAGAGGAGUACAAGUUGUUUUGGCCAGACCAACCUGAAUUUGUGAGAAUGGCAUCCAGGUUUGGAGCAACGAUCAUACCAUUUGGAGUUGUGGGAGAAGAUGAUAUAUGCGAUUUGUUGCUAGACUACAAUGAUCUUCAGAAGCUUCCCUUCUAUGAUAUGCUCGACAAGGUGCUAACUCGUGAUGGCCUGAAGUUAAGGACUGAUUCUAUGGGGGAGCUACAAGAUCAAGGAAUGCACCCUGUAGUGGUUGCGCCGAAGGUACCAGGGCGGUUUUAUAUCGUCUUUGGAAAGCCUAUUGAAACAAGAGGGAGAGAGAAGGAACUGAGAGACAGAGAUGAGGCCCAACGCCUCUAUUUGCAAGUCAAAUCUGAAGUGGAGAGCUGCAUCAACUAUCUGAAGGAGAAAAGAGAAAAGGACCCCUAUAGGAGUAUACUGCACAGGCUUCUCUACCAGGCAGUUCAUGGUCCGAACACAGAAAUACCCACAUUUGAACCGUGAGAUGUUUAGUUAGAGAAUACCGUUAGUUAGAAUCCACACCGACUGUUCAUAUUAUUCUUAUAUUUUUGUCAACAAAGUGGUUUGUUACCAUUAUCCCCAACACAAUUAUGUUCAUCGAUUUGAUUGAAGCUCAUUCAAAGCAUAGGUCAAUAAAAUUCAGUUCAUAAAA